AAACGGGCUCCGGGUUGGUGUUUGUAAACUUGCCUCGGUCCCGGUGGGGGCAGCGGGGGGAGCGGCGGCCGCAGGGUUGGCACGGUGCGCUGGGGCCUGGAGGAGGCGCCGCGCGGCUGGGGAGACAGAGGGAGGCCGCCCCUGGCAGGUUUCUGAAACAGAUCGUGAGCUUCAUCCAGAGAAUUCAACUGGAAAACCAAGACUGGCAGACUCUUUUUCUGCAGACAGUAGGCAGAAGCCAAGCAGAGGCUAGGGAUUCUUGGAAUCUUAUCUUCCCUUCGGAGGACACUAAGUUCUAUUUGAAGACAAAGUUCAAUAUGGCAGCAGGACUGAAGGGACACGAAGGAGUCAUUACGGUGACUUGGUGACAGUUCUUCAAACGACAGUGUCAUAAGGAAAGGUGGAUCAAGGAACUCCUGAACUUUUGAGUUGCAUUAAGUGAGAAAUCAGCAUGGCUCAGGCAAGUCUCCUGGCUUGUGAAGGCCUAGCAGGUGUGAGUUUGGUUCCCACUGCAGCCAGCAAGAAGAUGAUGCUGAGCCAGAUUGCCAGCAAGCAGGCCGAGAAUGGCGAGCGGGCGGGUAGCCCUGAUGUGCUGAGGUGCUCGAGUCAGGGCCACCGAAAAGACAGUGAUAAGUCCCGGAGCCGCAAAGAUGAUGACAGCUUGGCUGAGGCCUCUCAUUCAAAAAAGACUGUUAAAAAGGUGGUGGUAGUAGAACAAAAUGGUUCUUUUCAAGUAAAGAUUCCCAAAAAUUUUAUUUGUGAACACUGCUAUGGAGCCUUUAGGAGCAGUUACCACCUCAAGAGGCACAUCCUUAUUCACACCGGUGAGAAGCCAUUUGAGUGUGAUAUAUGUGAUAUGCGCUUCAUCCAGAAGUACCAUCUGGAACGCCACAAGCGUGUGCACAGUGGUGAAAAGCCUUACCAGUGUGAACGGUGUCAUCAGUGUUUUUCUCGGACAGAUCGAUUACUCAGACACAAACGGAUGUGCCAAGGGUGCCAGUCCAAGACUUCCGACGGGCAGUUUUCUCUAUAGGCGCAAGGGGCCCUGGGUGGUGGGAGUGAUCAGAAGAAUCUACCGAAGAGCGCACUCCCUCUGGUCUGAUGGUCCCACCACCACCCCGUCUGAACCUGUCCCCCUCCUGGAGGAGUGGACCCAGGAGACCAGAAGAGUGCAUCAGGGGACAGUGGCCCCAGAGCCUUAGCUCUGUAAAUAAUCUGAGACAAUGAGUAUCUCGGGCAAGUUCCUACAGCAUUCCUGGGUAGGGAAGCUAGUCCCUGGACCCAUGGCUGAGGUCAUAGGUGGGGACUCAAGGUACAGGACCAAGACUGAAGUGUGGCUCCCACAACCUUGGACUCCAGCUGGCAGCUGAAAUGGAAAAGAUUGGGGAAAGGGAUUUGUUUGUUCUGUUCUUGUUUUUGUUUUUGUUUAUCCAAAAGCAAUUUCAGCAGGUAAACUGGAUAUAGGUAAUUUGGAGGCAUAGAGUCCUGGUCCAAAGCAAGGACUAUGGCUGGUCCAGCCCUCUCCUAAAAUUUAGAGUUUUUAGUUGCAAUAGAUAUUCAGUGUUCUACAGCCCUGCACCUCACCUCCUAUUUGAGGGAAAGUAGGAUCAGGGAUGGCAGUUGAACUUACUUUCGUCUCCUUAUACACUAGGGACAAAAGGAAAAAUAGUGGGAGGAGCAGACAAGGGCUGGAUCCAAGAAGAGUGGACAAUACCUCUUUCUUCCUCAGUGGAAGAGCAAGAGUUGUACCCACGGGUGUAGUAAUGGCCCAUGCCACAGUGUACCUGAUGGGGUCAGCUCAAGUGCCUUUUGAGGAAACUUGAGAGUGGCCCAUAAAGCCCUUUCCUUCUCUCUUUGGGCAGUUGGUCUUGGAGAUAGUUUUUGGCUACCUCACUGUCAUUGACUCCUUAAAGCCAGACAGAGGUGUUGAGCAGGGAGUCAUGGAUGUCAGAGUUGGGGUUCUCUCUCCUUGUGGCCUCUUAGGAACAACCCAAGACUAAUCCAAAGUUGGCUAACACCUAUUCGGGAAGCAAAGGAAUUUGGAGUCCCCUGGCAUGACAGUUGAGCAGUAGGAACUGUUCUUCCUGCCCAAGUCCUAUCACUGUAUUCAGGUAGAGGAGAUAGGGGUCUGGCCUUUGGUCCCAAUGAACAAGAUCUUGGCUUCCUUCUUGAUGGCCAUCCCUACCCAACAAAGAAUGGAGGGGGGAGAGAUGCUGCAGAGAAGGGACUGAAGAAGAAACCUAAUGUAGGUUCUAUUCUUAACCAUAUUCUUUACUCCUCUCUGCUCCAACAGCAUCACCCUGUCUACCCCCCAAAAAGUGAUCAGAGGAGGUGUGCGUGCGUGUGUGUGUGUGUGUAAGUGUAAUAUGUGAGUGCCCAUGUGAAACAGCAUAUUAUUGAGCCAAACCCUUCUCUGGCCCUCAACUUAGUGGGGAUGAGCGUAAAACAACCUCCUCCUUCCCAAACCUAAAGGGUGCUUGAGUCCCAGCAGGAGCUGAGAAACUCAAUUUUGGGAAUAGGAGGACUUUGUUUUGGCAGAGUUUUUUUUCUUUUAGACUGAUUCAACAGGCUAGUGGUUAGGGUGUUUCUAACCCAAGCCAGGACUUGUGAAAUGAAUUCCUAAGGUGAAAUAAAAACCUUCUUUCUUCAGCUAAAGAAAGGAUCCUUAUGGGGGGUUGUGGGGUUUGAUUAACCCCCACUGUGGCCUGCCCUGACCUGUGGCGGGUGGGGAAGCUGUCUUAGGCAUAAUCACGGAGACUUGGUGAACAUGGGCACCAAGCUGUUAGUGGGGAUCUGAGAUGGCAACCUCCAGGAAGUGUGAUUUCAUUUCUCAGAAAAUGUAGGGAAUAGGCGGCAGUGGCAGCAAACUCCUAGCAGUAACCUGUUCCAGAGGGGAAAAGGGGGAGUAUGGGUCCUCCAUACCUCUGAGGUAUGAGUAUUUCAGGGAAAAGAAAGGAGACAUGGCACCCUUUCCAUUUUCCCUGACAGCAUUUGAGAUCCCUUGCAGGAGACGCUGAGGAAUGUCUACCACCAGGUACUCUUCUAGCUUUAUGCUGACACUCCCACUUGGUGUGGUCCAGAACCUCAACCUCAGUCCUUGGAUUGCCUUGUGGUCCCUGCAAGCAGGGGCAUCUUUCUGCAUGUGAGCCAGACCCUUCCUGUUAGAGGGCUCUGCUGAGGCUGGAAUUUUUUCAUCAUUCACCUCUGGGAAGGAGGAUACAUUUAGAAAACUUUCCUCGCAAAAGUGCUUUUGAAAAUGGGAGGCAUCUCUCCCUGCUUCUUGCAGCUAAUCUGUUUGAGAUGGGGGUGUGUGUGGAGAGAAUUACAUGAGUGACCUAUGUGCCUAUGCGCACAAGUGUAUGUACUAGGUUAGCAUGUGCCCUGGCCCCUCCCAGACCUCUGCUUCCUGCCUGCCGGGGCAAGGAGGGGGAAGGGGGGAACACUUCUGUAUGUAUGAAUGGCCAUACCAGAACCACCCCUGCCAAGGACUGGUUGUGGGGGAAACUCAGGAGCACAUGAUUAGUUCAGUUCUGGGGCAAUGGAUGUGUGAGGAGAGAGGAGCAAAAGGGUGAAAGGAGUGACUUAGCACCCAGAGCGCCCAGGAGCCCCACUUAUACCCCAGGGAAGCCACAGACUAAGACCGCUCCAAAGGCUUCUGGGCCCACUGCUCCACCCAUCCUUUGCUGGGGUGGGGCCUAGCACUGGAAAGAUGCCUCAGGUGUGUUUGAAGUAGGAGAAAUGGAGAUAGGGCAGGCUCUCAGACACCAGGAUGUGGAAUUGGGGGACCUGGGAAAGAGUAGUGCCAGUUCCUUGGUGGGCUGCUGCACCAGGCCCUACCAGCCCUGCCCUUCCCAGCACCUCAUUUCUUUUCCGUCCACCCCCAGCAGCCUCUUGUCAUCACUUAGCUACUGAUUGUGCCCCAUGGCUUGACAUUGGAGGGUUAAAUGAGUGGAGUCCCACUACAAUAUUUAACCCUGUCUCCAGAUGCUCUUUGCCUUUACUCUGGCCCUGGGGCUUUUAUCUUCAACAAUCCCCCUCCUGCCCCUCCUCUCCACCCCCUUUUUUU